UUGGUGACUUUGAACGCAUCCUGCAGUAGGAUUACAUGCACCACACUGCAUUUACACUAGAAUUUCUUCAACAAAAAAGAUUUGAUGAAAGAAAAGUUAAACAAUUCAAUAAAACCAUAUCCUGCAAGUUCAGACAGCAAAAAUAUUGGCUGAAAACUAAACAAAGCUCGGUUGUAAUAACAGAACUAAUAGGAAAACCUGCCAUGGCAUAACAUUAUUUUUAUAUCAACUCAGUGCUUUGUUGUGCUUUGCCACUCAGGCAUUCUGACGAAAGUAAUAUUGUUUCAUAAUAAGCCCGGCAGGAGAGGAAUUAAUCGUCUCUCAAUUCCUUCUGUUUUUCAGGAUCUAGAUUCCACAUCACGCCUACUGGAGCCUUGUAUAUAUUAGACGUCCAGAACGAGGACGGCUUGUACAAUUACCGCUGUAUCACGAGGCACAGAUACACCGGGGAAACACGGCAGAGCAACAGUGCCAGGCUGUUUGUGUCAGAUCCCGUCAACUCGGCCCCGAAGGUUCUGGAUGGGUUUAACCACCGGGCGGUCAUGGCAGACCAGCGGGUUGUGUUGCCGUGCAAGGCCUCGGGCCAGCCCGCGCCCAAGUACCGCUGGGUGAAGGACAACGCCCCCCUGGAGCGGGGCAACCGGUUCAGGCAGACGGUCACCGGGCUGCUGAUCGUGAAGACGGUGCCCGCCGACACUGGCAACUACAUCUGUGAGGUCUGGAACAGCUUUGGCAACGCUGAGGUGGUCGGCCGGCUGAACGUCAAACAGCCGCUGAAGGCAACAGUGAGCCCGCGCAAGGUGAAGACCAGCGUGGGCAGCCGCGUCUCGCUCUCCUGCACCGUGACCGGGGCCCAGGACUACGCUGUCCAGUGGUACCGCAACGGCAAGAUCACCGCCCCGGGCAAGAACGUCCACAUCACCGGGAGCAACCAGGAGAACCUGGCCAUGGACGGAAUGGCCAACAGCGACGGAGGAGCUUACCAAUGCUUCGUGAGGAAAGGGCGCGUGUCAGCACAGGACCUGGCCCAAGUCAUUCUGGAAGACGGAACGCCCAAGGUGAUCUCGUCCUUCAGUGAGAAGGUUGUGAAUCCCAACGAGCCCAUCUCGCUGAUGUGCAACGUGAAGGGCACUCCCUCCCCCACCAUCACCUGGACCCUGGACGACGAUGCCGUCUCCAGAGACGGAAACCACCGCCUCAGCCAGUACAUCACCAAGGAGGGCAACGUGGUCAGCCACCUCAACGUCACCAACACUCAGGUCCGCGACGGCGGAGUCUAUCGGUGUGCGGCCAAUAACUCUGCCGGAGUCGCCAUGUAUCAGGCUCGAAUAAACGUAAGAGGACCUGCCAGCAUCCGCUCCAUGAAAAACAUCACGGCCAUUGCAGGCCGUGACACCUAUAUCCACUGCCGGGUGAUCGGAUACCCUUACUACUCGAUCAAGUGGUACAAGAACUCCAACCUCCUGCCUUUCAACCACCGCCAGGCGGCAUUCGGGAGCAACGGCACCUUGAAGCUCUCCGACGUGCAGAAGGACACGGAUGAGGGGGAGUACAUCUGCAACGUCCUGGUCCAGCCACAGCUGUCCACCAGCCAAAGUGUCCAUGUCGCUGUCAAAGUCCCACCUUAUAUUCAGCCUUUCGAAUUUCCAAGAUUCUCCAUCGGACAGCGUGUCUUUGUUCCGUGCGUUGUCAUCUCGGGCGAUCUGCCGAUCAGGAUUACGUGGCAAAAGGAUGGCCGCCUGAUUCCAGCCAGCCUUGGAGUCACCAUUGAUAAGAUCGACUUCACCAGCUCCCUGAGGAUCUCCAACCUCUCGCUCAUGCAUAACGGGAACUACACUUGCAUUGCCAGCAACGAUGCAGCGGCAGUGGAGCACCAGAGCGAGCUGAUCGUCAGAGUUCCACCUCGCUUUGUGGUGCAGCCCAGUGACCAGGAUGGAAUUUAUGGGAAAUCCGUCACCUUGAACUGUUCUGCAGAGGGAUAUCCCGUUCCGACCAUAGUGUGGAAAUAUUCCAAAGGUGCGGGCGUCCCACAGUUCCAGCCCAUCACGUUGAACGGACGUAUCCAGUUACAGGUGAAUGGGUCUCUCCUCAUUAAGCACGUGCUGGAGGAAGACUGCGGCUACUACCUCUGCCAGGUCAGCAACGACGUGGGAGCUGACGUCAGCAAGUCCAUGUACCUCACCGUCAAAAUACCGGCCAUGAUCACGUCUUAUCCAAACACCACCCUGGCGACCCAGGGCCAGAAGAAAGAGGUCAGCUGCACCGCUCACGGGGAGAAGCCCAUCAUUGUCCGCUGGGAGAAGGAAGACACCAUCAUUGAUCCCGAGAGGAUGUUCCGUUACAUCGUGUCCACCAAGGAGAUGGGAGACGAGGUGGUUUCCACACUACAGAUUACUCCAACAGUGCGAGGGGAUUCCGGAUUCUUCUCUUGCCAUGCGAUCAAUUCCUACGGCGAGGAUAGAGGGCUGAUACAGCUUACUGUGCAAGAGCCUCCAGACCCUCCAGAGAUCGAGAUACGUGAAGUGAGAGCGCGGAGCAUUGCGCUGAGGUGGAGCAUGGGCUUUGACGGCAACAGUCCCAUCACCGGCUUUGACAUUGAAUGCAAAAACAAAUCAGAUUCCUGGGAUGCUGUGCAAAGGACAAAAGAUGUGUCGCCUCAGUUAAACCAGGCCACCAUCAUUGAUCUACAUCCAUCAUCCACCUACAACAUUCGCAUGUAUGCAAAAAACCGCAUUGGAAAGAGCGAGGCUAGCAACGAGCUGACCAUCACCACGGAUGAAGCAGCCCCGGAUGGUCCACCCGCCGACGUUGUCCUCGAAUCUUUGUCUUCUCAGGUUAUCCAAGUGACGUGGAAGGCUCCGAAAAAGCACUUGCAGAACGGAUUGAUCCGUGGUUAUCAGAUUGGUUAUCGGGAGUACAGCACUGGCGGGAACUACCAGUUCAACAUCAUCAGCAUGGAGACCACAGGAGACAGUGAACUCUACACCCUGGACAACCUGAAGAAGUUCACCCAGUAUGGAGUGGUUGUUCAGGCCUGCAAUCGAGCCGGCACCGGGCCAUCCUCUCAGGAGAUCAUCGCCAUCACAAUGGAAGAUGUUCCCAGCCGACCACCGGACAACGUCCAAGCCACCGCCAUCUCUCCGGAGGUCAUCUCACUCUCCUGGUCAAUGCCGCCAAAGGAGGCACUCAAUGGGAUUCUAAAGGGAUACCGGGUUAUUUACUGGGCCAACCUGCCGGACGGAGAGCUUGGAGAGAUUAAAAAUGUCACAACCACCCAGGUUACUCUGGAAUUGGAUGGACUUGAGAAGUAUACCAACUACAGCAUCCAAGUGCUGGCCUUCACUCAGGCAGGUGAUGGAGUCCGAAGCGAACAGAUCUUCACACGUACCAAGGAGGAUGUUCCAGGUCCCCCCGGUGGGGUGAAGGCAGCAGCAGCCUCCGCCACAAGCGUGGUCGUUUCGUGGCUCCAUCCAUUGAAGAUGAACGGCAUCAUUUGGAAGUACACCAUAUUUUGCUCCCACCCAUACCCGACAGUGAUCAGUGAAUUUGAGGCCUCACCAGACGUCUUCUAUUACCGGAUCCCUAACCUUAGCCAGAACCACCUGUACAGCAUCUGGGUCGUUGCGAUCACAGCAGCUGGGAGGGGGAAUUCUAGCGAGAUCAUCACCGUGGAGCCACUCGCCAAAGCACCAGCCCGGAUCCUAACAUUCAGCGGCACCGUAACCACACCAUGGAUGAGAGAUAUCGUGCUGCCCUGCAAAGUGGUUGGAGACCCGGCACCAGCAGUCAAAUGGAUGAAGAACAGCAAUGGAACGCCAGUCCCUGUCCUAACCGAUGGGCGCAGAAACAUCUUCAACAACGGAAGCUUUGUCAUUCGCACGGUGAAAGCAGAGGACUCUGGGUACUACAGCUGCAGGUCAAGUAAUAGCUGGGGAUCAGAUGAGAUCCUCCUCAAUCUCCAGGUGCAAGUUCCACCAGACCAACCUCGUCUAACGGUCUCCAAGACAACCUCCAAUUCCAUCACGCUUUCCUGGAUACCAGGCGACAAUGGCGGGAGCUCCAUUCGAGGUUACAUCCUGCAGUACUCGGAGGACAACAGUGAGCAGUGGGGCAGCUUCCCCAUCAGCCCCAGUGAACGCUCCUACCGCCUGGAGAAUCUCAAGUGCGGCACCUGGUACAAGUUCACCCUGACGGCGCAGAACGGAGUGGGGCCCGGCCGCAUCAGUGAGAUCAUCGAGGCGAAAACACACGGGAAAGAGCCACAGUUUGCCAAGGAGCAGGAGCUGUUCUCCAGCAUUAACACCACGAGGAUCCGGCUGAACCUUGUCGGCUGGGUGGACGGCGGAUGCCCCAUCACCACGUUCACGCUGGAGCACCGGCCGUUUGGGACGGCGGCCUGGACCACGGCGCAGCGCACCACGCUGUCCAAGGCCUACAUCCUGUACGACCUGCAGGGAGCCACGUGGUACGAGCUGCAGAUGACGGUGUGCAACAGUGCCGGCUGUGCGGAGAAGCAGGCGGAGUUUGCCACCCCCAACGACGAUGGGAGCACAAUUCCACCGUUGAUUAAGUCAGUGGUGCAGACUGAGGAUGGAAUGGCAACCAACGAGGAGCUGAAGAUGUUGGUGACCAUCUCCUGCAUCUUGCUGGCUGCCCUGCUCCUCUUUGCCCUGCUCCUUGUGGUCCGAAGGCGCCGGAGGGAGCAACGUCUGAAGCGACUGAGGGAUGCCAAAAGUCUUGCUGAGAUGUUAAUGAGUAAAAACACAAGGACGUCCGACACGCUGAAUAAACAACAGCAGACGCUGAGGAUGCACAUUGAUAUCCCACGCGCUCAACUCCUGAUAGAAGAGAGGGACACCAUGGAGACAAUCGAUGACCGAUCCACUGUGCUACUGACGGACUCUGACUUUGGUGAAGCUGUGAAGCAGAAAUCGCUGACAGCGACACACACUGUGCACUACCAUUCGGUCUCACAGGCCACCGGGCCACUGGUGGACGUGUCAGACGCUCGGCCAGGAACCAAUCCCACCGCCCGCAGGAACGCGAAAGGGGCGCCGUCGGCCCGCAACCGCUAUUCCAGCCAGUGGACGUUGAACAGACCCCACCCCACUAUGUCUGCCCACACUCUGACCACCGACUGGAGGAUGCCAGCUCCACAAGUGGCGGGAUCGGUCGACAAAGAGAGCGAUAGCUACAGCGUCAGCCCUUCCCAGGACACAGACAGAGCUCGGAGUAGCAUGGUCUCCACGGAGAGUGCCUCCUCCACGUACGAGGAGCUGGCACGGGCCUACGAGCACGCCAAGAUGGAGGAGCAGUUGCGGCACGCCAAGUUUACAAUCACGGAAUGCUUCAUAUCGGACACGUCCUCGGAGCAGCUGACAGCAGGGACCAACGAGUACACGGACAGCCUCACGUCCAGUACUCCCUCCGAAUCGGGCAUCUGCAGAUUCACUGCGUCACCGCCGAAACCUCAGGACGCUGGGAGGGUGGCAAACAUGGCUGUCCCAAAAGCACACCGACCAGGUGACCUUAUGCAUCUGCCGCCGUACCUAAGGGUGGACUUCCUGAUUCACAGAGGCAUUGCGGUUCCCAGCAGGGAGCUGGGUCAAGCGCAUGCCUGCCUGGAGCCUCAGAGACGGGGCACCAUGAAACGCACACAAGUCAUGGAGCCCAUCCCAAUGGAGGCGGCAGGCAGGGACGUGCAGCAAUGGCAAUCAAGCACCACAUCGACAUUACCUCAGAGGGAGAGCGCAGAACGUGGAAAAGGCCCCAAGUUGAGCAGCUCACAGGAAUCGCUACUGGACAAUCGCGGCCACUUGAAGCAAGGGAACAACCCCUACGCAAAGUCCUACACACUGGUAUAACAAAUGCAUGUCUGUACGAGGCUGUAAAUAGUUCAAUUGAAAGCUACCUUUUUUACUGGUUCCAAUAUUUAUAAUCAAAAGAUUUGCCAAAAUAUUUAAAAAAAAAUUAGAUAUUUGCAAGGACUUUGUUGUGACAUGUCUGAGCAAAUGAAUGUCUGUGCAUUUUUUUUAAAGGAGCCCUCUGGUUAUCAGAUAUGCACAGAUCGUGGUGUUUUUACUCAUUUCCUAUGAAAUGCAUGGAGGCAGAGUAGAGAGGCAUUGACAUUAGCACAAAAAAGAAUUACAGUGAGCGGAAAAAAAAAAAUUACAAAACUUCUGUCACCUGCGAACAUAACACGUAAAUAGUUUAAAUACCGCACAGAUAAAAACGAAAAGCUACAUUUGUGGUUGAAACAGCGAUCCCUGAUUGAUUGAAGAGUUUGCAAGCAAGUAACUGAUCACCUUUCACAGUCAGUUAGAAGCAGAGGCUUAAAGUAACACAGCACUGAAGGCGGCCGAUUGGGUCCAUUUUGCCGAUGUACAGAGACACUCCCCGACUUACGCCACAGGUGACUUGCGUAAACUCACACUUACGGAAAACGUUCCGUACUCAGUCCCCAGCGGAAAUCUAGGCAGUUUGUCAACUCUACAACGCUGUACGAUCACUCGCAUGUACAUCAGAAACAAGCCGGCAGUGUUCACCGGCAUGGUGGCGCAGUGGUAGAGUUGCUGCCUAUCAGCGCUUACAGCGCCACAGGCCCGGGUUCGAUCCUGAC